AUGUCCAUAUUCUAUUUUACCACAUAUGAACGGGAUCAAGUAGUCAAUACUAAUCCUUAUGUUGUCAAAAAAUCGAUUUUGGUUGGCCCCUUUCAUCCUCAUUAUAUGAAGCUUGCAAUGGGCUUAGAUUAUAACUUCGUAUCAAAUGAUGAAAGUGAUUUGGGUAGAAAAGCUAGUCACAUAGUUAAUAAUUUACCAUGUCCAUAUUCUACUUUUACCACAUACGAAUGGGAUCAAGUAGUCAAUACUAAUCCUUACGCUGUCAAAAAAUCGAUUUUGACUGGCCCCCUUUCGCCCUCAUUAUAUGAAGUUUGCAGUCAUAUUGCAAUGGGCUUAGAUUAUAAUUUCGUAUCAAAUGAUGAAAGUGAUUUGGAUAAUAAAGCUAGUAAUAAAGAUGAAGAAUAUGAUGAUGAUUAUGGUAGACAGUUAUGUUAA